AUGGGAUCUGACGAACCAGAACAAUACAGAAAAUUAUUCAUUGGUGGUUUAAACUACACCACAACUAAUGAUUCACUCAAAGAAUUUUUUGAGCAAUGGGGUGAAAUUGUGGAUGUCGUUGUCAUGAAAGACCCUCAAACCAAAAGAUCUAGAGUGGAAACUAAACGAGCUGUACCUCGUGACGAUAUUGAUAAACCAGAUAUUGCAGCUACUGUAAAAAAAAUGUUUGUGUCUGGUAUAAAAGAACAAUCAGAAAAUGAUCUUCUUGAAUAUUUUGGAAAAUUCGGCAAUAUCACUAAUGUAACAAUAGUAACUGAUAAAGAUUCUGGUCAAAGAAAAGGAUUUGGAUUUAUUGAGUAUGAUGAUACUGAUUCAGUUGACAAAGCUGUUUUGAUAAAAAGUCACCAAGUUGCUGGAGGAAAAUUGGAUGUGAAAAAAGCUAUUAGUCGUAGUGAUGGCGCUGGUGGCGGCAGAGGUGGCCGUGGUGGUCGUGGCGGUGGUGGAGGAGGCGGUGGUAAUAGAAGUAGCUGGGGAGGAAAUCUGCGAAACGAACAAUGGGGAGGACAUCAUAACAGAUCAAAUGGCGGCGGUGGAGGAUAUGGAAAUUCUGGAAUGGGAGGAGGAUAUGGCUCUGGCGGAGGCGGUGGUGGGUAUGGCGGUAGUGCAGGUGGGUACAAUUCUAAUUCUGGUGGAGCCUGGCAAGGCGGCGGUGGUGCUCCUCAAAGUUGGGGUAACAAUAACCCAGCAUGGGGCAACCAAGGAGGCGGCGGUGAUAGUUGGGGAGGCUCGCAACAACCUAGUAACAACUGGGGUCCAAAUCAAAGUUAUGGCGGUGGUGGUGGUGGCCCGAUGAGGUCAAAUUAUACCUCUAAUAAUCGUACUACACCUUAUGGAAACCCAGGAGCUGGUAAUGUAAAUGCAGGUAAUGCUGGCUAUGGUCAAAAUCCUGGUCGACGGUAUUAA